GAAUGUGUUUAUAUGUGUGACUGUCGUCCAAGGGUGCUUUCUUGUUUGUUUGUUUGUUUGUUUGUUUGUCUGUCUGUCUGUCUGUCUGCCUGUCAGUGUGUAUACUUAUUGUAUUGUCUUUUAUUGUUUCCAUUAGUGGGGGUUUAUUGGGUUUUGUUUUGGUUUAAUCUUUGUUUUUUGUUUAGUCUUUUUGUUUGGACAUGUAAUCAGUGUUGUCUUGUCUAAUACCAUCUGGGGGCAGUACAGGGUUACAUGUGGGGCUCUUACUUCUGUUAUAUAGUUCUCUUUUUGCUCUGUCCCUUGAUUGGUGUAUUGGUUUUGCAUGUAAUUUUGUUGUGUGUUUGCAUAUUGGGUCAUUGCCCUUGUUUGCUGUGCUGUGAAUGAUCAAAUUUGUGGGGUACCCCGUGCACUGCUGUACUAAGCCUCUAGAGGCGGUGUCACAAUUGCCAUAGUCUACUGAUGCUAUCCUUUUAACUAGGCUACAUGGUCAAUUUGAAUCUAUUCAUGAUAAAAUUAAUGUGUUUGUGGAAACCUGCAUCUCUUAAGUGUUGAGACUAGCCCGGCGCCCACCAGAAGCAGCGUUCAGCGGUGUUCGGCAGUCUGGGCUUGACGCGCAGGAUUUUAGAAUAGUUUUCUAUCCCUGUGCGGCUGCUGCGCGGCAGACGUUUCCAGUGGGCGUUGCUCCGGCAAAACAAUUCAAUAAACUGUGUAUGGAGGAAGGGGAUGUAGGCAGUCAGAAACUCACAGGAAACAGGAAAUGCUUAGCUGAUUACGUCGUAAACUUGCAGCCCGAGCUUAUCCUUCCUAUGCAAGCUUCACUAGUAAUAUCAAACAGUUCCUGAUAACCGUCCACAAGUGUCACUGAAAACUACAACCUCCAUCUUUGAUCUUAUCCUGAAGACAAGAAGAUGGGUAAUGAGAUGAGCGAGGAGAGGAAGAGGGAAAUAGGAGAAGAUUUUCUGGAGAAUUGGUGUAAUAAGUCUAUCAAGGAUGGUCCAGAUCUGAGAGUCAACAAGAGCAUCAUCAUGUUCACUAGUCUGGCUUCUUCAGACAACUUGAGACAACACUACGAGAAGAGGAAGAUGGAGAACCAUGCUGCAGACAGGAUGGAGGGCCAUGCUGCAGACUGGACAAAGAGCCUGGUAGAGAAGCUGAGUGGCAUGGCACCAUGUCCUAAUCUGGCGGGCCUCGGAGCUCUGGCCAUCGCCGUCUUCAUCGACAUCCUCUCCUCCACCUCCAAUGAGGAGAGCACAAAAGACGCUCUGCGAUGUGUGUUUGCUGAGGAGAAGGCCUCUGAGGUCUGGGAUCAGAUCGACGAGUGCCUGAAGAGAUGCCGGAUGCACAUCAGCGACGCCUCCGAGCAGAGGAACGACAUCAAGAGGAUUGAGCGCCAACUGAGCGCCGCACUCACCAAGCUGAAGAACUCCAUGCUGCGUGACGGGCACAUGUCGUCUGAAGCCCUGAAGGCCUGGGUGAACGGAGCGGCCUUCCACAUCCAGAUGCUGAUUCACCUGGUGAGACUCGGAGGGAUUCAGUCCUGCGACCCUGUGGAGACACUCCUGUCUGAUUACCUGGAUCCCCUGGACACUCUGUUCCAAAAGCACAAGGAAAUGAUAAAAGGAAAGUGCAAGAGGAGAGGAGAGGCGAUGGGCCAGGGCAUUACUGAGUACUAUCUGGUGGGUGAAGACUCUACAAAUUGGCAUAUAGGGUCCAACUCACCUCAUAAAUAUUACAUAUGCUUGGAGGCUUAUUAUAAUCACAGAUUCGGCAGGCAGAAGAGUGACAUUCAGCAGUACUUCAGAGACGUAAGCCAGAACCUGCAGGAGCUGGUUCGUCAAAUAGGCUCCUUUGAUGUGAACUGAGAGAGAGGCUGAUGCAUAUAAAAAGAAACACCAUAUAACCAGAAAUAUGUGAUGUCAAAACCAUUAGUUUUUGUGGGUGUGUUGCCUUGGACUGGACUUGUGUCUCGGCUGUUUUGACUUGUAUUGUGUAAUAUUACAAACACAUACUCUCUCAUACUAAUAUUAACAUUAAUUUAUUGUAGAUCAACAUGAUCGCUUGGUAUCUAUCCAAAACAUACCCAAAACUUCUCCAUUGUAUCCUACUGGAUGACAGAGUCAAUUUGUCAGUGGUAGAAAACAGUUCAUACCAGAGCCCCAUUCACCAGAAUAAUUGCAAACAUUUGUUCAAUAUGGCAGAAAUUGAAAUAAAUACAACUGCAAAAAGUGUUUAACCA